AUGUAUUCGGCUUUAGCGCACGGAUUGGCUUGUUCAAGCCUUGCACAACCUUACCUCAAUGGCACGGCAAUCACGAAGUUUACUGCGGAGCCUAAGACACAAUGGACACCAGAAGGCUCGCCUAUCCCAGCCGAACAACUCGUGCCGCUUCUUGGAGUCUCAUCGUACAACAUCUCCUACUGCCGUGUAGAGAUGGCCUACACCCAUCCAGGGCAGAACGACACAGUCAACCUCCAGAUAUGGCUGCCGGAGCAGUGGAACGGACGCUUCAAUGGUGUGGGAGGCGGCGGCUGGCGCGCUGGUGUUUUCGAUCAGAGCUUACUCCCGGCCAUUAUUCAGGGAUAUGCGGCAGCUUCCACCGACGGUGGCCAUAAUGCAACUGAAGUAUCCGCUCUUCCUUGGGCGCUCAAAUCUCCGGGUAAUGUCGAUGUGAUUGCUUUACAGAACUUUGGUUCUGUUACUUUGAACGAGCUCUCUAUAUUCGGGAAGAUGGUUACCGAGAGCUUUUAUCAGAAGGCUCCCGCUUACUCUUACUGGACUGGGUGUUCCCAGGGAGGUAGACAAGGCAUGAUGCUGGCUCAACGUUACCCUGAAGCGUUUGAUGGUAUUAUCGCUGCAGCACCCGCGCUGAACAUUAUCCCGCUCUUGGCAAGCUUGUUUCAUGCUCAAGCUGUAAUGAACACGCUCGGCGAAUACCCGCCCAAUUGCGAGUUCGAAGCGGUUAGGAUCGCAGCAAUUGCCGCCUGCGAUGAACUGGACGGCGUCAAAGACUCGAUCAUAUCCAUCCCAGAGUUGUGUACUUUCUACCCAUUCACCGUUGUCGGGCAGCCCUCCAACUGCGGAGAUAGCAGCUCGAAUAUUAUUUCCAACGCAACAGCAAUUGUAGCCAACGCUACAUGGUAUGGUGUCUCCAACAGACGGGGAAAGAAGAUCUACCCAGGAUACGCGUUCGACGCACCCCUCCAGGCAACGACCGACACGGACUGCCAAGCAGCAGGUACCUGCCUCACCACCGCUGCCUGGCAACUCGGCGCAGAGUUCUUCCAGCUUUUCGUCGAGAAGAACGCUAGUUUUGACAUUUCCACAAUUACCGCGGAUCGACUACCGGACUACAUGUACGCCGGCCAACAGCAGUGGGACUCGAUCAUCAACACCAACGAUGCGGAUCUCUCAGACUUCAAGGAAGCAGGAGGGAAGUUGCUCACCUGGCACGGCAUCGCAGAUGACCUGAUUCCUUCAGGUGGGUCAACACAGUACUAUGACCGUGUAGCCGCGCUGGAUGCCGAUGUGGAUGAGUAUUACAGGUUGUUCCUUGCGCCUGGCCUUCAUCAUUGCGCAGGUGGCCCGGGUCCUGCACCCGUCAAUAAUGCGCUCCAGCAACUUGUCGCUUGGGUCGAAAAUGGUACAGCUCCAGACACCCUACCGGCAGUUGGAACGCAACCUGUCAAUGGAACAGUGCUGUCGAGGGACCUUUGCCCUUACCCGCUGGUAUCUGUUUACCAGGGUGGUGCUGCGACUGAUGCCUCAUCAUACAGCUGUGUUGAUGCGGAGAGUGUGUAA